UUGGGGAUUUUAUGCAAUGUACAUUGUAUUUUGGGGGGUUUCGGACACAGAAGGAAAAUGAAGAAAAAUCCGAUUUUGAGGAAGACAGGGACUUGGUAGAGAAAAGGGGGCCAGAAAUACAAAUCAAAUUGCUUGAUGAUACAUAGUCCAUGGCGUCGCAGCGAUUCAAAAUCAUCCGUAGAUACAGCUCUUUCUCAGUUAGGUCAUCUCUUGAAGUAUGAGAAAAUCCCCGAAUUCUAGAACCACAUACUGGUUUUCUUGGAUUUCUUCACUUUUCCCUGGUGGCUUUGCUGUGAUUUAUACACAAGAAAGGUGGUAAAGAGGUUUUCUGAAUGCGAUGGAGUGCAAUAGAGAUGAGGCUAUCAGGGCUAAAGAAAUUGCUGAGAUGAAGUUUACAGCAAAGGACAUUGUGGGGGCAAAGAAAUUUGCUGCAAAAGCCCAGUCAUUAUACCCCAGUCUUGAAGGUAUUCAGCAAAUGUUGGACACCUUGGACAUCUAUCUUUCUGCAGAGAACCGAAUAAAUGGAGAAGCGGAUUGGUAUGGUAUACUUGGUGUGAAUCCUCUUGCAGAUGAAGAGAUUGUAAGGAAACAGUAUAGGAAGCUGGCGCUCAUGCUUCACCCUGAUAAAAACAAGUCUGUAGGGGCUGAAGGUGCAUUUAAGCUUAUUUCAGAGGCUUGGAGUUUGUUGUCUGAUAAAAGCAAGAGAUCAGCAUAUGACCAGAAGAGGAACGUUAAAGUGUUCCAGCAGAAAGCUCCACCUACAAAUGGGGGUCCAUCAGCACCAUCUAGGUCAACUGGUUUUCCAAAUGUCAGUAAAAGUGCAACUACACACACAAAAGGAGUUCACAAAGGCAAUACCAAUAAGUCUGCUGCUUCUCAUGGUUCUGCUUCACCUCACCAGAGACCUCAUACCUUUUGGACCGUGUGCCAUCGGUGCAAGACUCAGUAUGAAUAUCUCAGAACAUAUCUCAACCAUAAUCUGCUUUGUCCCAACUGCCAUGAACCAUUCUUUGCAGUAGAAACUGCUCCACCUCCUUCCAGUUGUUCUAGAGUCCCCCCUCAAUGGAAGUAUUCCCAGCAGCAGCAGCAGCAGAACUCAAAUCAUCAGGAAGCAAGUGUAUCUACUGCAGGAAGAAAUAAAUCAGCCAGUGUUCCCGAUUCAUCUAAGGGCCAGUGGGCUCCAUUCUCUAAAACAUCUAAUACUUCUUCUGUUGCUCAAGCUGCAACUAUGGUUCAACAGGCAUAUGAGAAAGUUAAACGGGAGCGUGAGGAAGCUCAGGCAGCCACUAAAAGAGAGGAGGCUGUACGAAAGAAAACCAAUGCUUCUAGGAGAACAAGCAGUGUUUCAUCAUCUAAUGCUGUGAAGAGAAGAAGAGGUACAGAGAAUCUCGGUGCAAUGAAAUAUGGAAGGGCCAAUGCGAAUCCAAUGGGCAUGGGUACUGGAAGAGCUGGAACUGCAAAUUUAUCUGGAGUUAAACAAGGAAAUUCUCACCCCGAAGCCAGUGGACACUAUAAGCCUAGGGCUGCAUGGGAUUUAUCCCAUCUUGAAAUUCAGGGCUUAUUGAUUGAGAAGGCAAGACUGGAAAUUGACAAGAAGCUAAAUGAAUGGACCUCUGCUACUGCAUCCAAAGGCAUGGAGAAAGUGAAUGAGAAAGGAAAGGAGGAAGUAAAGGAAAUAGACAAUGGAAUGGUAAAUGGUGCCAAACAGGAUCAGCAUAUAACUGGCAAGCCAGAUGAUAUGAAGAAUGAAAAUCAUGAAAAAGAGUUGAGUGCUGGACGUUCAAGUGGCAAUGUGAAUAAAGUGCCUUUAGAGCCAGUGUCAAUAGAUGUAAUAGAUCCAGAUUUUCAUGAUUUUGACAAGGAUCGUAACGAACAGUGUUUUGGGGAGAACCAGGUAUGGGCUGCAUAUGAUGAUGAUGAUGGUAUGCCUCGUUAUUAUGCCAUGAUUCACGAUGUGAUCUCUAGGAAUCCAUUCAAGGCGCGGAUCAGUUGGCUUAACUCAAAAACCAACAAUGAGUUGGGCCCCCUUAACUGGGUUGGUUCUGGUUUCUCCAAGACAUGUGGAGAUUUCAGAGUAGGCAAGCAUGAAGUCAAUCAUUCUCUGAACUCUUUCUCACACAAGAUUAGAUGGACAAAAGGUGCACAUGGGGCUGUUCGCAUAUUUCCUAGGAAGGGGGACAUCUGGGCUCUCUAUAGGAACUGGUCUCCUGAAUGGAAUGAGCUGACGGCAGAUGAGAUAAUUCACAAGUAUGAUAUGGUGGAAGUGCUUGAAGACUAUGAUGAGCAACUAGGAGUGACUGUUACUCCACUCGUCAAAGUUGCUGGCUUCAAGACAGUGUUCCACCUCCACUUGGAUGCAAGGGAAGUCAAAAGAAUUCCUAGAGAAGAGAUGUUCCGAUUUUCUCAUCAGGUUCCUUCAUACAUGCUUACCGGUCAAGAAGCUCCAAAAGCUCUGAAGGGAUGUUGGGAGCUGGACCCUGCAGCUACUCCUCUGGAGCUUCUCCAUGCUGUGAUAGAUGCUAAGGACGAACAUGUUGCAGGGAGUGAAGGAACUAAUUCAGUAGGUGAAGCAGUAGAUGAUUCUGCAAAAUCAAACAAUAAAGAAGUGGAUGAGAGUUCUGCUAUAUCAAGUGAGAAAUAAUUAGGGAAUAUAGGAGAACAUGAGGAUGCCGAAAUUUUGUGAUAGGAAGGAAUAUAAGCAAGUAAAUUGUACUGGAGAGAAGACUGGUAAUUAACUUCAGGAUUAUCUUUUCUUCUUUUUAUUUUUUUUGAUGUUUUGGUAAGUGAUUUCAGGAUUAUCUUAUUUUCGUGGAUGGAUGCGCAGUGCUAGUUAUUAAACUUAAAAAGGCCUGCAAACCAGGUUUUUUUGUUCUUGAUCA